AUGAUGCCCGUGACCAUCGACGUGGCGCUGAUGAGCGGUAAGACAGCCAGGGUGACAGCCAGCAUGGACACAUCUGUUCAGGAGCUGACGCUUCAGGCACAAAUGCUCCUCGAAGUGGGAAGUGGCGUGCUACUGAGGGCAUCCGGUGAAAGGCUGAUGUGCGAUGCAACAGUGCGUCAGCUUGGCUUGCAGGCUGGGGAGGCCCUAAGCUUGCAGAUACGACCGGCGCAAAUUGCCGCCACAUUCUCUGCGUUUGCCGCCUGUCCGGGAGAUGGAUCUGCAGUCACUUGGAGAAGCUCUCGCCCUGAUACGUUUCGGCUGCUAAGUCAAUGUGUGUCUCACAUUCAAGCUUCGAACGGGGCCUUUGCGGCUAUUCUGGAGACAGGCAAUGUAUGCACCUGGGGAGACCCUUCCUAUGGCGGUGACAGCAGCUCGGUCCAGCAUCAGUUGAGACACGUGCGCGAGAUUCAAGCUUCCCAGGCGGCGUUUGCUGCAAUUCUCGAGGAUGGAUCGGUGGUGACAUGGGGACCAUCGCAUAGAGGUGGAGACAGCCGCUCUGUGCAAGGACAGCUGAGGAAUGUGCGAGCGAUCCAGGCUUGCCGCAGCGCCUUUGCAGCGAUCCUUUCCGAUGGUUCCGUGGUGACCUGGGGCGAGCCCACCUGCGGUGGUGAUAGCGGGUCUGUUUCGCAUCGGCUCAGGAAUGUGCGGCAGAUCCAGUCGUCGUUUUGUGCCUUCGCCGCCAUCCUGGAUGACGGGUCUGUGGUGACUUGGGGGCUGUCUUCUACUGGCGGCAACAGUGCAUCCGUGUCACAGCAGCUCCGGAAUGUGAAGCAUGUCCAGGCGAACCGUAGCGCUUUUGCCGCCAUCCGGGAGGAUGGGUCAGUGGUAACAUGGGGCGAUGCUGACUGCGGUGGUGACAGUGGCUCUGUUCGGCAAAAUCUGGUUGGGGUCUGCGAAAUCCAAGCAUCCAUGGCAGCUUUCGCUGCGGUAACGGAAAAUGGCACCGUGGUGGCAUGGGGGCAUCCCUCGUCCGGCAGCAUCAUUGACCAUGUGCAAGAGCAACUGCGGGGUGUCAAGCAAAUCCAAUCCUCGGAGAACGCCUUUGCAGCUCUUUUGGCAGAUGGAUCUGUGGUCACUUGGGGUUCGAAGCAGUAUGGUGGCGACAGCGCAGGUGUCCAGCAUAGGCUUCGGAAUGUACAGCAGAUUCAGGCUUCCGGCAAUGCAUUUGCGGCCGUUCGCGAUGAUGGGUCCUUGGUGCUAUGGGGUGGCACUGUUGCCUGGGAUGUAGAUGAAUUCAUGCGCACAGCACCUGUGCAGCAGAUCCAAGCAUCCGGCGAAUCGUUUGCAGCCGUCCAAGCAGACGGAGUGAUCGUGUCCUGGGUUUGGCAGAACGGAUGCAUGAGCCCUUGGAGGGCCUGCCGCUGA